AUGGCGCCGACGUCUGCCGAGCUCUCAGAGCCCAGAAAGUCUUUCGACAUCAGCAGCUUGAUGUCGCCGCCCGAAGCCCCCAAAUUAGAGUCCUUCGCGCAAAGCAGCAGCAGCGCUGCGAAGAACGCCAUAAAUGCGACCAAGUCGAUCGACGCCAUCAUGUCCGAUAAGCGACAACCCCAGGGUCCGUUAUCCCCACCCAUUUCGCCGGCUAUCAAAUCCGAUGACAGUAUCAUACACGUCGUGACAUCGGCGAAAGACCCUAUUCUAUUUCCGACACACGAUAUCACACAUUCCACUCCCCAACAACCUCUUUUCGCACGAGAGGAGUCGGACCCCAGACAGCUUGUCAAUCGCCAUGUCUUGAAUCGACCCGCCGAACUUUUUCAAAAUGCGACCCCGCCUGCACAGGAUGAUUAUGAGUUAGUCCUGUACUUUAGAUCGCAGGUUAUGAAGAAGUAUUCGGAAAACCCGAAAUCAUGGCUACAGAGAGAGCGCGCCCUCCUCUUAGCUGAUCGGAAGGCUCAGGCGCGAAACAGACAAUUCAGGCUGCCUACCAUCUUACCGGCAGCUAAGAUGCAACCUAUCCGCAAAGAGGCCCAGCGCGCGAAGCCUGUGAGAGUACCCAAAGUGGUCAAGCCUGCUGUGGCCAACCCGACGCCUACCAAGCCUCGCCCCAUCCGCGCUGGACCUGGCCCUGUAAUUGCUAUGACCACGGCAGCCGGUCCUGCUGGGUUGACCAAGCACACGCGGGCGCCCAGUUCCACCCCGGACCCGUCACCUCGUCGCGGUACCACGCAGACUCGGGCAGAUGACGACUUUGAUUCCGUUCCGGACUAUUGUCCGCCACUGGACUUCAACGCUCCUAUUGGGAUGAACAGCCUAAAGAUGGAAUGGAAGACGGGCACCACUGAUCUCAGCAACGAUCCUCAUCGCCAUCUUCUUCAUCCAGAAGAAAUCAAUGUGGCCUCAAGUUUACGAUUGACCGGUGCCGUCUAUCUAACGAGCAAGAGACGAAUCUUUGUCCGACGAUUGGAGUGUCUCCGCGUCGGCAAAGAGUUUCGUAAGACGGAUGCACAGCAAGCAUGCAAGAUUGAUGUCAACAAGGCUUCGAAGCUCUGGACUGCUUUCGAGAGAAUUGGCUGGCUGGACAAGUCAUGGGUCGCCAAAUACCUGUAG